AGGUGAAACGGCGCGAGCCGUGGCUGCUGUUAACGAACAUCCUGCCCGCAGCCGGCCCGAAGGGGCUCCCCUCAGGCCUCUUCACCCGGCAGAGGGCCCGAUGCUGGCCGUCUGCGAGUCGGUUUGUCAGACCUGGAGAUCCGCUAACGGGUCGGCCGAGUAACGGUAACGCUAGAGACGGGGAACCAGCGGCAGGCACAGCUGAGGCUCUGCGUGCAGCCAUCCGUAUACCUCCCGUCCUCCUGGCUACAAGCCGGUGCUGAGAUAUUGACAGUGAGACAGCAGAAUGAAGUGCUGUAAUCGAGUUGUGUUUUGCUCCAAGACAACCAUCUAUACUUUUCUGCUUGGAGGCGUGUUUAUUGCACUGGGCUCAAGUCGAAUCCUCCUGAUGAAGUAUUCUGCCAAUGAAGAUAACAAAUAUGAUUAUCUUCCUACAACAGUGAACAUAUGUUCUGAAGUAGUAAAAUUGGUCCUGUGUUUGGUAUUGGCACUAUGGGUUAAGAAAAAAGAGGGUUGUUUGGAUCAUCCCUUUGACUGUCUUUCCUGGAAGAAUUUUUGUAAUUCCAUGAAAUGGUCAAUUCCUGCCUUUCUCUACUUUUUGGAUAACUUGAUUGUCUUCUACGUACUGUCCUACCUCCAGCCAGCAAUGGCUGUACUCUUUUCAAAUUUUGUCAUUAUAACAACAGCUCUUCUCUUCAGGAUAGUGCUAAAGCGAAAAAUCUCUUGGGUACAAUGGGCAUCUCUGGUGAUUUUAUUCCUGUCCAUCGUUGCCCUGACUCUAGGAACUGGAGGCCAUCAGCAAAGCUUGGCCGCACAUGGAUUCCAUCAUAGUAUGUUUUUUAGUCCAUCUAACCACUGCCUCCUCUAUGCUCGACCUGAGGAAGCAUGCCUGGAAAAGAGCAACUGCGUAACACCAAGUUUCCUUCCCAGCUUCCAUUGGAAUGUCACCAGUACCAUGGCAGGAGCAUUGAAACCUCUUCGCCUCAGUUUGGGUCAUCUGCUUAUUCUGGUGCAGUGUUUCAUUUCUGCCCUGGCUAACAUCUACAAUGAAAAGAUCUUGAAAGAUGGGGAUCAGCUUGCUGAAAGCAUCUUCACGCAGAACAGCAAACUCUAUGCCUUUGGGGUGCUGUUCAAUGGGCUUAUGCUGGGACUGCAGAAUAAGGACAGGAAGCAGAUAGGGAAUUGUGGCUUCUUUUAUGGGCACAACAUCUUCUCAGUGGCUCUCAUAUUUGUCACAGCUUUCCUGGGACUGUCUGUAGCCUUCAUCUUGAAGUUCCGAGACAACAUGUUCCAUGUUAUGACUGCUCAGAUCACCACUGUCAUCAUUACCACCGUCUCUUUUAUCAUCUUUGACUUCAGGCCUUCUCUGGAGUUCUUUUUGGAAGCUCCUGUAGUACUUCUCUCCAUAUUCAUCUAUAAUGCCAGUAAACCAAGAGGCCUGGAAUAUGCUACUCUGCGGGAAAGGGGCAAACAUAUCAAAGGAGAUGCAUGGGAGAGGUCAAGCGGGGAUGGAGAAGAAUUUGAGAGGUUGAACAAACCAAGCAGUGACAUCGAUACAGAUGAAGAUUCCCUCUAGCAUUAGGCUGGCUCAGAGGAGUUCUAUUACUCAUAGUGAAAGAAUUUUAACAUUUCAUUAACACAGAGAAGGGUCAUUUUUCCCCACUUGCAAUUGAAACUGUUUUGCAGCUGGGUAUCAGAGAUGAAUGAGGAAAACAUUCAAGCCGUAUAUAUGGAGCAUUGUAUUGUCUCUUCCUAUGCAUGUAAAUUAGAGCUUCAAAAUCUGCUGAAAGAAACAAAAUCUAUAACUGAUGCAAACAAGAAGAGACCUACACCCUGGACUCGGUGGUCUGGGUGACAUGCUAUAUUAUGGAAGGCAGUCCUGGACUCUUAACUGUAUAUCUUUCACAACUUUGGUUAACUGUCCUGAGUCACUGCAACUUCCUGUAUGAAUUCCUUGGUUAGCAAAACAGAGAUAAAACUGUUCUCCGCCUUGCAGCAGUGAUACAAGCAUUGAUUAAUGUUUCUGCUGUAUCUUCCAGUAUACAAAUUCUCCAGUAAGUUUUCUUUUCAGGACUGAAGAUGUUACUAGUAACCUCAUAAAUACUGAGGCAUAUUGGCUGAUUUAUUGUAUUUUUGCAAUUCAGAUUGAUAUAUCCCUAGCUGAGUAAAAGAGCCCCUCUGAACCAA